UCUGCCAGGCUAGCUAGCCCUCAUGGCAUCUCUUCAGCUCGACUCUACACUACUCCUCUGCCUCCUCUUCGUGGUAUCUUGCUUCACCAUCGUCGCGAGAGGCUUCCGAUAUGGCCGCCGGAGUGCGCAGCCACCUUCGCCACCUGGGCUGCCUAUCAUCGGCAACCUGCUCCAGUUCGGGCGGGGCCGCCAUCACCGGACGCUGGAGGCCCUAGCUCGGCGCCACGGCCCGCUCAUCCUCCUCCGCAUCGGCGCCGUGCGGGCCGUCGUGGUUUCCUCGGCCCCGCUCGCCGACGCGGUGCUCAGGACCCAGGACCACGUCUUCUGCAGCCGCCCGCAGCAGUACAUGACCCGCGGCACGUUCUACGGCUGCCGGGACGUCGCCUUCAGCGCCUACAGCGAGCGCUGGCGCCAACUACGCCGCAUCGCCGUGGUGCACCUCCUCAGCGUGAAGCGGGUCGACUCCUUCCGCGCCCUCCGGGAGGAGGAGGCCGCGCGCUUCGUGGGACGGGUCCGGGCGGCCAGUGGCGCCCAGGAGGACGGCGGCAAACGCCCGGGGGUCAACGUCACCGAGCUCAUCAUCACCCUAACCUACUCCGUGAUCUCGCGGGCGGCUUUCGGGCACAAGCUUGGCGGCGUCGAGCCGGCCAAGGUCCUCUUCAUCCUCGCGUCGAGCCCCGUUGCCCAGUCCACUAGCCACCCUAAUCUCGGGAACACGUCGCUCACGGCGACGGCGGCCAAGCUCGACAUUAUUAUGGAGAGGACCAUCACGGAGCACGAGGAGGACCCAGGAAACGACGGCGAGGCUCGGGACCUCCUGGACGACUUGCUCUCGAUCGCUAAGGAUGGCGACCAGGGGUUUAAGCUGGACCGGAUUGAUGUGAAGGGACUUAUCUUGGACAUGUUCAUAGGUGGCACCGACACGACCUACAAGACGAUAGAAUGGACCAUGGCGGAGCUCAUCAAGAAUCCAAGAGAAAUGGCAAAGGUGCAAUCAGAGGUGAGACAGGUUGCAGCAGGCGCGCAUGGAGGAGUCCUCGAGGAGGAGCUGGGGAAGAUGAACCUCCUGCAGGCGGCCAUGAAAGAGACAUUGCGGCUAUACCCAGCAGUGCCGCUCCUCCUCCCACGCGAGUCGAUUCAAGAUGCACAGCUGCACGGUUAUGCCAUCCCGGCCAAAACCAAUGUCAUGGUUAACACGUGGGCCAUCGGGAGGGAUAACGAGUCGUGGGAGAACGCCGAGGAGUUCCGGCCAGAAAGGUUCCUGGGCGGAACCAUUGACUACAAUGGCAAGGAUCCCCGGUUCCUACCGUUCGGUGCAGGGAGGAGGGGUUGCCCCGGUAUGGCCUUUGGGACGCGCCUCGUGGAGCUCACGUUAGCUAACAUGAUGUACCAUUUCGACUAAGAGUUACCGGGUGGCCAGGAUCCAGACUCAUUUGAGGUUGUUGAGGCUAGCGGGGUGUCGACAGGCCUUAAGUCUGCCAUGAUCUUUGGCGUAAAACCUCUUUAAGCAUACAUGGACUAUGUUAGAGUAAGUGCUAAUUAGUUCCCCAAUAGCAAUUAAAUAAAGGACAAAAUUAAU